AUGUGAAAUUGAGGCAACCUUAGAGAGACUAAAGAAACUGGAGCGUGAUCUGAGCUUUAAGGAGCAAGAACUAAAGGAACGGGAGCGACGUUUGAGGAUGUGGGAGCAGAAGUUAACCGAACAGUCCAAUACUCCUUUGCUGCCCUCCUUUGAUAUUUGUGCAUGGACCGAAGAAGAUGUGUUUUUCUGGAUGCAACAACUUACAAGGAAAGGAGAUGCUUCUGGUGAAAUGAGUGUAUAUGCUAGCUUGUUUAAGGAACAUCAUAUCACUGGGAAACGAUUGCUUCUUCUAGAAGAGGAGGAUUUAAAGGACAUGGGAAUUGUUUCCAGAGGACACAUCAUCCAUUUAAAGACUGCCAUUGAGAAGUUAACCCAUGACUACCUAAAUCUGUUUCAUUUUCCACCAUUAAUUAAGGAUUCUGCAGGUGGAACUGAAGAAAACAUAGAGAAAGUAGUGAAUCUUGAACUCGUUUUUGGUUAUCACUUGAAGCCAGGAAGUGGUCCAAAGGAUUGUAAAUGGAAAAUGUACAUGGAGAUGGACGGGGAUGAAAUUGCAAUAACCUACAUAAAAGAUGUGACAUUCAACACUAACCUACCUGAUGUAGAGAUUUUAAAGAUGACAAAGCCACCUUUUGUAAUGGAGAAAUGGAUUGUGGGGAUAGAAGAGCACCAGUCUGUGGAAUGUGUUGUUACAUACGAGAGUGACGUUAGAGCUCCCAAAUCCACCAGGCACAUCCAAUCUAUCUGCUGGAGCAAGGGGAAAGCACAGGAUGAGGUCGAGACAGUACAGCUCAUGAUACACACCUCACUCCCCAACUCAGAGGGGAAUUCACGGAGCAGAUCUGACUCAAGCAUCGACAGCCAGUGGAUGCAGACGCUGCGGAUGCACCAAAUAGCGAAAGCCAUUUCCCACCAGCAUGGCCACCCCCACAGCCCGACCACCAUCACCCACUACCUGCCCUACCUUCGCAGCCAGGACUCCUAUGCCGCUGCCGUGAGGAGGACGCGUGGUCCCGUCAGUUACCAGUUCACAUCCAUCAGCCACUCCAGAAACUCCUCUCCCUUCUCACACAGUCUGAUGAGAAACCUCUCGAAUCUGCACCUGAACUCAAAAGGCAGCAGCACCUCCAGCACAGCCUCCGACACCGCUUCGGAGAGGGACAGGUCUGCCGGCAAAGGCAGAAACACGUCGCACGGUGCCAACUCCCGCAGCUCCUCGGAUGGGAGGCGCAGUGGGACCAGCUCCCCAGUGCCCCGGCUCUCGGGGAGAGCCUAUAGGACUUCCUCGCCAGCAACCCCGCCGUCCUCCCAGCAGCGCAGGUACUCCCGCAGCUCUCCCCAGCCCAAGGCCAUCCCGGGCAUGCCCCCGCAGGAUGAGAGCGAGCCCAGAAGGGGCGAAGGGGAGAGCAGAGUCAGCGAGGGAGGGUGGAUAAAGGUGCAGCACGGAAAGAAGUCCAACAGGCAGACUGCUGGAAAGCCAGGGAAGGAGAGGCCCAGGGGGAGCUGGCGGGGCCGGAGGACGUUCUAA